AUGGAUUGCAUAAUUUUGCCAGUAUCAAUCUUGAAAAGGUGCCGUUCAAGCCGAUUAGGUUAUAAAUCACUAUCUGAAAAUGGUUAUGGAAAUUCAGAUACUGAUCAGGUGACUGUGGUUGUAGGGAAGGAGAAGAGAGAAUUCUUGGUGGAGCCAUUUAUAUUGGAAAAAAGUCCUUUUAGGGUUUUGAUUGAAAUGGUGAGGAACAAAGAAGAUGAAGGGAAAGUAAAUGAGAAUAUUAGGGCAAAGAAAUUGAUUUUUGUGGAUGUGGAUGCAAUCUUGUUUGAGCAUAUGUUGUGGUUGAUGCAAAAUGAUAGUUCUUCUUUGUUUGAGCUUAAUCUCAAGGAAAUUAUCGACUUCUAUGCUCAAGAUAGUUAUUAA